UUUGUGUGUGCACUGAGCCAGGUGAGGUAUUAGGGAGUCCCACACAAACAUAUCCACACCCACUCUCUUCUAUUUCUUCAUCUUUCUCUUCCUCAAAGAACAAUAAUAAUGGAAUCAGCCACCACCUGUAAUGUCCAAAAGCCUAACCCUCAACCUUCCAACUCCAGUAAUGGCGAACCGCUCUAUGAAGACUUCGACAGCACCUGUUCCACGCCUUACGUCAGUGCCCCUUCAAGUCCCGGCCGAGGACCGCACCCAGGCUUCUUCUACAGCGCACCCGCCAGUCCAAUGCACUUCGCCAUAACUGCCGCAUCCUCCUACGACAAGAGUCCUUCUUCUGCGCCAAUGGGUUACGAGUUCGAAUUCUCCGCCCGGUUCGGUUCAACCGGUUCGGCCGGUUCAGGUUCCAUGAGCUCUGCCGACGAGUUGUUCUUGAAUGGUCAGAUCCGUCCCAUGAAGCUCUCAAGCCACCUUGAACGUCCCCAGGUCCUCGCUCCUUUGUUGGAUCUGGAAGGAGAAGAGGAGGAAGAAGAAGCUGAAGCGGUUAGCGUUAGCGUCGUCCGAGGCAGAGAUCUGAGGCUGCGGGACAAGUCUGUUAGGAGGAGAACCAGAUCCAUGUCCCCUCUCCGAAGCAACACGCCUUUGGAGUGGGCAGAGAACGAGGAUGAUCAUAUUGUUGGCGGGGAUCACGACAAUAACGCCAGCUCCGGCAAGCAAAUCGAAGUUAGUUCAUCGGAAGCUGAGAAGCGAAGGGAGAACGCAGAGGAUGGUUUGAGUUUAGGUUUGGAGACAACUCCUUCGGUAUCAGGUUCGGCUUCGUCCUCUCGGUCUUCCUCGGCCGGGAGAAGCUCAAAGAGGUGGGUUUUCUUAAAGGACUUUCUCAGAAGCAAAAGUGAAGGAAGGAGUAACAACAAGUUCUGGUCCAGCAUUUCCUUCUCCCCAACCACCAAAGACAAGAAACCCACCACUUCCACUGCUCAAACUCUCAAUGUCCCAACAAACACCAAGAGCGGGUCCUCUUCUUCAGAAGCCACACACAAGUCCAAAGGAAGUAGCACUCAGGCUUGGGCCCGGAGAAUGAGCGGAAAGCCCACCAACGGUGUUGGGAAGAGGCGCGUGCCACCUUCACCGCAUGAGUUGCACUAUAAAGCUAACAGGGCCCAAGCUGAAGAGUUGAGGAAAAAGACCUUUCUGCCCUACAGGCAAGGUCUGCUUGGGUGCUUGGGGUUUAGUUCUAAGGGUUACGGCGCCAUGAAUGGCUUCGCCAGAGCCCUAAACCCUGUUUCCUCCAGGUAAAUUCAAUUUCCUCUUUCGAUUGAGGUUGGUUUACCUGAAAUUGUACAGCUCACUAUUAAUUACUAUCACCACUAUCAUCAUUAUUAUUUGUUUCUUCAUUUUGGAAUGGUUUAGCUUAGUCUUAGCUUGGAAGAAUUAAGAUAGCCUCAUCCCAUCUUAGUGUGAAUGAGGAUGGUGAGAAGUGAAGUAAAAUACUAAGAGGGUUCUUGUGACGACAUGCUCUGAGAAAUCUAUCAUGUACAAUAUACUAAGAAGAAGCCAUGUACUGGUACUCGCAGCAUUUCACUAUUUACACAGUUGCUGUGCAGUGACUGGAGUUUAUUAAUAUAUUUUUCAACACUGACCUUUUCUUAA